CUCCCUCAUUCCUCGCCUCCACAACAGAAGAAGAAGAAGAAAAUGAGGAGCAACCUUUUAGCUGCCGACGCUACGCGGAACUUAGCGAGCAGCUAGCUGUGUAGCCUGCCCGCUGCUGGAAUCUGGGGGUUUAUUUGAUCUAACAGAGCCUUUCGGUGCUGCAGUCUCCAGCCAGCCGGUGUGAAUGUCCCGCAGAGCUUCCGUAAAGUUUAUUAUCACCUUCAACUGGCUGUUUCUGUUGCUUUCUGACAGGGAAACCGGACGAGUGUUGAGCUAGGCUAACAGUUAGCAGGCUAGCUUUCUAACCAUUUUGUGCUGGAUCCAGUUCGCUUUAAACCGGCUCAUACCGCAGCUCUCUCAGAGAUCCAGAUGAAGCUGUCCUCCUGAACCUGGUGCCCUCAGUGAUGUCCACAGCUCGUGUCGCUUCAGGCUCCGCCCCCUGGCGUUCCGUCUAAUCGGCCAUGUCUUGUUGAACCCGACCGAUGUCCUCUAGGCAACAGAAUGAGCGGCACUGCUGACCCGACCCAGCCCACUGAAACGAGGAGCCCCAAACUGCGGCUCUACAAAUGAUAUGAUAGUAGCUGCCUGGAUCACUUUCUGUGCCUGUAGGAGCCUUGCCCAGCUGCUGCUGCUCCUCUCCCCUUCGGCGUCCCCGGCCCGGGAGACUCUCGCCGCCGCCCGCCUCGGUGCCAUGGGCAACAGCUGUGUGUGCAGAGAGGACAGCGACCUAGAAGACCACCGCCACGACUCGGCCUCCAGAUCCACCCGAGGUCAGGCCCGCCGGGUCGACCACGGCGCCGCCGUUGGAGCUGACUCUGCUGACAGAAGCAGCCGGCCCAGAGAUCCGGUUCGGCCACCACGCCGAGGCCGCGGCCCGCACGAGCCCAGGCGGAAGAAGCAGAACGUGGACGGGCUGGUGCUGGAUACGCUGGCUGUCAUCAGGACGCUGGUGGACAAUGACCAGGAGCCUCCUUAUUCCAUGAUCACGCUGCAUGAGAUGGCGGAGACCGACGACGGUUGGCUGGAGGUGGUCCAGUCUCUGAUUCGAGUGAUCCCAUUGGACGAUCCGCUCGGUCCUGCAGUCAUCACCCUCCUCCUGGAUGAGUGUCCUCUUCCAACCAAGGACGCUCUGCAGAAACUGUCGGACAUGUUGAGUCUGAGCGCUACGGUGGCCCAGCAGGACGCUCUGAACCCGGCUAAGCACAGAAACACCACAGCCGUCCUGGGCUGCCUGGCUGAGAAGCUAGCAGGACCAGCCAGCAUUGGGUUGUUGAGUCCUGGAACCCUGGAGUACCUUCUGGAGAGCCUGAGCGCCGACUCCCACCCGACUGUCAUGCUGUUCGCUCUCAUCGCCCUGGAGAAGUUCUCCCAGACCAGUGAGAACAAGCUGACUGUGUCAGAGUCGUCCAUCAGCGAUCGACUCGCUGUCCUGGAGUCGUGGGCAGACCACCAGGACUACCUGAAGAGGCAGGUCGGCUUCUGCUCACAGUGGAGCCUGGACAACCUGUUCCUGAAGGAUGGCCGUCAGUUCACCUAUGAGAAGGUGAACCUGAGCAGCAUCAACGCCAUGCUGAACAGCAACGACGUCAGCGAGUACCUCAAGAUUUCCCCGACUGGAUUGGAGGCGCGGUGCGACGCCUCGUCCUUUGAGAGCGUGCGCUGUACGUUCUGCGUGGAUUCGGGCGUUUGGUACUAUGAGGUGACCGUCGUCACAUCGGGGGUGAUGCAGAUCGGAUGGGCCACCAAAGACAGCAAGUUCCUCAACCAUGAAGGCUACGGCAUCGGAGACGAUGAAUAUUCAUGUGCUUAUGAUGGCUGCAGGCAGCUCAUCUGGUACAACGCUCGCAGUAAACCUCAUUCUCAUCCCUGCUGGAAGGAGGGAGACGCCAUCGGCUUCCUGUUAGAUCUGAACAAAAAGCAGAUGAUCUUCUAUCUUAAUGGACACCAGCUGCCGCCAGAGAAACAAGUCUUCUCCUCAGCCACGUCGGGUUUCUUCGCCGCCGCCAGCUUCAUGUCCUACCAGCAGUGUGAGUUUAACUUCGGGGCCAAGCCGUUCCGCCAUCCGCCUUCUGUCAAGUUCAGCACCUUCAACGACUUCGCCUCUCUCAAGCCCACCGAGAAGAUCAUCCUGCCAAGACAUCGGCGUCUGGCCUUACUGAAGCAGGUCAGCAUCAGGGACAACUGCUGCACGCUGUGCUGCGACGUCAUGGCGGACACGGAGCUGCGGCCCUGUGGACACGGUGGGAUGUGCAUGGACUGUGCCUUACAGCUGGAGACGUGUCCGCUGUGCCGCCAGGAGAUCCAGACCCGAGUCAGACUCAUCGCUCACGUCUCCUGACCAACUUUAUGCUCUUCCUCCUCCUGCUCCUCUUCCUCCGUCCUGAUGAAGAUGGCGCCGUGUUUCCCUGAGGAAGAGGAGGGGAGGAGUCUCCUCUUGGUGUUCUGAUCCGGAGCGGAUCCUGACAGAACCAGAGCCUUGUUGAGGCAGUCCUCAGAGACCUGAGGAUCCCUCCUGCAGCUGCAGACGCUGCAGUCGGCCUGCACGGCGUCUGCUUGUGUUUAAGCCGUCUGCAGGCUGCAGUAUUAAAUCUGAGGUACAGACACGUUGAUUCCAUCAAUAUGCUAAUUAUAGUUCUCUAAAGGUAGCAUUUAAUAUUUCCUACACAGCUUCUGUCUUUAUGAACGGCCCAAAAACUCUUUGUUUGGCUUUAUGCCACAUUCUGCCGCUGAUGAAUUUUAAGAUUAUCAUUUAUAUUCCAAAUUCAGUUUGUCCUGCAGCUAGGAAAGGAAACUCUGAGAACUCCUCAAGCUUCUGGGAUUUUGCCCACAUUCAACCCUCCUCUGUAGAACAGCGCCGCCGCUGGCUGGUCUGAGCGUCAGGGUUUCGGUUCUCUCCAGAAAUCGUUUCUGCUGUUGCUUUAUGGAUUCAGCUGCUGGAAAUGUUUCCAUGAAGCUUUCAGGGUUUCAUCAGAUCGGAUCUGGAAACGGAUUCAACUGAAGCAACUAAUAGGAACUGAAACAUGUCAAGAUGCUUCAUCAAGUCACCUUGUUUCCUCCAAGCCGAGGGACACGGCCUCCUCCCCGAGUCGUCUCUGGGUUUACUGAGCUGGCUUUCACAAACGGGUUCAUGUACUUUUGGAUGGCAGAAUGUGUUUCAGGAAAAGUUGUUUGUACAACCAAACAAAGCGCUUCAGUAGGUUUUGAAAUUGAACAGUGAAUCCUCAAACAAAUCCUGCAGAUGCAGAAGAGUUGAUGGAAACCCUGGGAGAAGACGACGAGUCGGCACCUUAGCGUGGAGCAGAAGAAGAAUCUGACUGGUUGGAAACCAAGUUCAGGAUUGUAAAGAUUAAUUUGUGACUUGUAUUUAAAACGUUUAUAAAGGAAUUAUGAUCCGGAGUUCCCAAAGAUGUGAUUUAUUAAGAAAUCGUUUCAUGAUUUGUGAUAUUUGUAAUAAAUGUAUGUUUAUGUGA